AUUACAUGAGAUGUGGAGACCAGUACAGUCUCUGAGUGCAGAGUGUAGAAGAAUCUUUGUUUCUAUCCACACAUCUCUCAUUCUCCACCGUUUGAUCUUCAUCAGACGACAUGCCGAUCAGCCGGAUCGCAAUCGGUAGGCCGCAAGAGGCCACGCAUCCCGAUACUCUUAAGGCGGCGCUGGCCGAGUUCAUCUCAACCCUAAUCUUCGUCUUUGCGGGUGAGGGCUCCGGCAUGGCCUUCAACAAGCUCACGGACAACGCCUCCACCACCCCGUCCGGCCUCAUCGCUGCCGCCAUCGCCCAUGCUUUCGCCCUCUUUGUCGCUGUCGCCGUCGGAGCCAACAUCUCCGGUGGCCAUGUCAACCCCGCCGUCACCUUUGGUGCCUUCAUCGGCGGCAACAUCAGCCUUCUAAGUGGCAUCCUCUACUGGAUCGCCCAGUGCUUGGGCUCCACCGUCGCUUGCUUGCUUCUCAAGUUCGUCACAGGCGGCAUGACAACAUCGGCUUUCUCAUUGUCUUCGGGAGUUAGCGUAUGGAACGCUUUUGUUUUCGAGAUCGUGAUGACUUUUGGGCUCGUCUACACCGUGUACGCGACCGCAGUGGAUCCGAAGAAGGGUAGUUUGGGAAUUAUAGCACCGAUCGCGAUCGGUUUCAUCGUCGGCGCCAAUAUUUUGGCGGGUGGGGCCUUCACCGGGGCAUCGAUGAACCCGGCGGUGUCUUUUGGGCCGGCCUUGGUAAGCUGGAGCUGGGAAAACCACUGGGUGUACUGGGCCGGGCCUCUCAUUGGUGGUGGGAUUGCCGGGCUUUUGUACGAAUUGUUGUUCAUCAGCAACUCUCAUGAGCAGUUGCCUACAACUGACUACUAAAGCAAGCAAAUCCAAGAAUGAAAUGAUUCCACGGCUUUUCUCUUGUGUAUUUACUUGUUUUUGAGGGUUUUUAAUUUGUGUUGAAUCUGUACCGUUGAUGUUAAUGAUGAUCUGUGAUUAUUGCCAUUAUGGGUCACCACCCCCUUGCACGCUGCUGUGAUGUUAGUAGGGUGGGGUCCAGGGUUUGAUUGUACCAUUCUGAUCCUAUUGUACUAGUAUGAUUAAACCUUCAAUUUCUUUGCAUUCUAUUUUCAUCUUA